AGGUGAAGACCAUUUUCCGGUUACUACGCAAUAAGUUCGCAUCCUGUGUCACAGUUAGUAGGACCCCACCGGCAGAGACUUGUUCUGGGCUGUCCUAUUGAAACUGAUGGGGGGUGGGUCGGUCCCAUUUAAUUGUAACACAGGGCUUUCACCUUUGUGAUGAAUGGACACAACACAUACAGGACCCUGUAUACUAUUUUGGACAAAGUAUGCAUGUCCAAUACAUUACAUUUUUUUAUUUUUUAGUUAAAUACGGACAUGGUUCAGUUUUCCUGGUGAUACAGUGUUGCCACGUACGCUAACCGUGAUGUCUCUCCCCGGUGCGUUUCUGCAGAGCUGCUUGUCUAUGUCCACGCGUCACGCAGACAGUCUCACAUCCUGGCACUUUCCCGUUGUCAAGGCAGCGGCAGAAGGGAAGGCUCAAUGGCGUAAGUUACUGCAGUGUCCUGCCUGUAAAAAAAAAAAAAAAAAUGUCCAAACGUCGCAAACUGUCCCGGAAAAGUUAAAUUUAACUACCCAGGGGAAAUACAGUCGCAAACCCUAAUGGGGGGGUAGAAAACAGCAGGAAAAAAAUGAAAAACAACAAGCAGAGGAUGGUCAUGACCUGAGUAUUGUGUUUCUGCAAGCAUGAUAUGAAGAUGUUCCCGUCCCCAAACAGCACAUGUGAGCCCAACACAGCAGGACACUGAGCAGUGUAAAGAGAAACAGAGAAAUCAGAAAUGGACUGCAUGGGAGGUCUUAUUUUGUAUUUGCAUGCCUUUCCAGCCUAUUCCGCCACUAAACAACCUUUUGAAGGCUAUGUGCUGCCUGUCUAGACUCAAAGUCACAGAGGGUGGUCUAUAAUGCAGUGCCAACAUACAACAGGAGGUGACCCCUCAGGGCUGGGGGGCACAGCCACUGCCAACAAAACUCAGCGGCGCCGCUCUGCUGCCCAGUACGAUGAGGAGGCGAUGGCCAGGAAACGGGAGUACUGGCGAACGAAGAAGCGGGAGCAAAGAGCCGCUAAGAAAGAAACCAACAGAGCCAGAGAUGCCAGGACGAGAACAAAACAGCAGCAUGUUCUGCCUGCUGGAGCUGCCGGCUGCAGUUCCCUGGGAGGGUUUGUUGAAGACGAGGGUGGCCUGAUUGCGAUAAGUUCCGAGGCGCCGCGUGGCUCUCGGACCUCCUCAGUGCGGGGAGUGAAUCCCUGCCUUCUUAAUCCCGACGGCUCGUACCAGCAUGACAGUGGUGUUCAAGAUCCACGUGGUCAAAUGAGCGCUCUUGAAAACGCUGUGCCCAAAGUGCACCACCCACAGAGGCUGCCCUGCAAGACACUUGCUCAGGAGGCUGGUGCUGAUUUACCAGCAAAGAGGCUUUUGUCAGCCGCCCCAUUUCAGAUCCAUGUCCAGGAAGACUAUUGUCCAAAGCCAGCAGUGCUCACUCAGCCCCAAAGGCAAACCGCUCAGCCGUUGCUUUCAGAAAUACCUGGUGUGGAGUCACGGUGUCAUCGCCAGGGCUCUGCCACGUUAUCUGGCGUUCCGUCUAGAUUGGGUUCUCAACCGCCGCUAGUCGCCAGGGCGACAUACAAUGAGGGGCAAACUGCAGCACGGCAAAAACAGAGAUUGAAACUCAGUAAAGUCGUACCGCAGCUUCAUGGCAACAGCGUUUCUUUUGAGCUAAGUUAUAAAAGCAACCCCCCAGCAGUAGGUCCUUUACCAAAGUCUUGUAAUGGCGCAAUGGAGAUGGGCAAACCGGCUUGCAGCCAGAGUUCUCUUUCUCAACCAAAUGGACCUCUUCUUAACAGCUGCCCCAAAGUGCCUGAGGUUCGCCUAAAAGCGACAGCCCAAGUUCAUAGUCCUGUGUUUCCUGGUGACCAAACUCAAAGUAAAAAGAUUGUCUUAAACGGUAAUUCUCCUACAAUGGUCCAAGCCCGUUGCCAUCAAGUGAGAACCUCUUCUCUGCCAGUUCGAGGACAGCGUAAUCUGCCACAAGCCUGCAAUCCUAAAACUACCACUCCUACACGCAAGCAACUGUCUGUCGGCACUUUAGAGGGAGUCAAUCACACAGCCGCCAGCCAAGGCAGUCCAACAACUGCCCAAAAACAGGCUCAGAACAUUCCAAAUUCUGUUGUUCAGGGUUGUAAGAUACAAAACUCCACUCGGGGGGUAAGUGUACCAAAGAUAGCUCGUCCCCAGACUGGUCUAGAUCAGAUGGAGGAGGAAAAGGCAGCCAGACGCAGAGAAUACUGGCGCAUAAAGAAACGCGAGCAGAGAGCCAAACUGACAGCCACCACCAAGGAAAGGAUCAAAAGGAGGCACGUUGAAUCACAGAAGGGCAAACGUUUCCUCUCCAGAAUACAGGACGGGCAGGUCGGUUGGCCUCAAAGAGGAGGGAUUGCCAGUCAGUCCACAGCACCACAAAACUUGCCUUGUAACGCUGCAACAACAGGAAGGCUUGUUAAAGAUCUCACGACUCCAGGUGCACCUCCGCACACCUCCACAGUUUCAUUGUACCCAGCAGUUAAACAGGAGACAGUCCGGCCCCUGGUUUCUGAUCUGCAAUCUCCACAGCCAGUUUGUAAUCGGAUGGCACUCCCCAGCAGUGCUGUGCAAGUGUGCACUGUUGAAGCACCGAGACCUGCUGUUAUCCCAACUCGAAGAUGUGUCGGUGAUGGUGCUGCUGCUAAAAUUCAGGCACCUGCUGAUUUUCCAGACCGACUGUCUUUAAACCAGGUGUCACCCAGUGGCUCUUACUCAGCUGAACCAAUGGCCCAGAUUUCUAAAAGGCCGGACAGUACUGGAAAUGGCCGAAAGGUUAUUUCUUCCCAGGUUUCAAAAGUUCCUUCUUGGCGUCAGAGACUGAGAGAUGGUGACCGUUGGAACAUGUUCAGGUCAAAGAUACACAGGCAUAGUGUCCUCGAAACCCAGAGGCUGAGUAAUCAAGGGGAUUUGAAAAGACCCAACGCACCCAGGGGCAACCCUCCUGUGACGGGAGUCCAAAGUGCCGCCGAGCUGGAAGACGAGAGGCUGGCUCGCCGCAGGGAGUACUGGCGGAUCAAGAAGCGAGAGCAGAGAGCCAAGCUGACCGCAGAGGCCAAGGCCAGGAUGAAGGAAAGGGACGCGCAUUCACGUAGAAUCAAGCGCUGCCUGUCCAUCCUGGGGGAGAGACACAGGGAGCGUUUGGGGUUUGAGAACGUGCAGAAUCCCCGAGAAAACAUUCUUGUCCCAGACGUCGUCUGCGACGCCAUCGGAGGGUUUAUAAAAGAAGACGGCACCAUGAGUGGCGACAUUCCACCAAGUCCUGCAGACUGCGGGUCUGUUGCAUCAGUACUGGAGAGCAGCCUACCAAGCUGCUUGCUCCCCAAGAAGAAAAGCCUAGGUGCUAACCAAGCAUUAGGGAGAGCCAGAAUGGGGAAAACCUUUAACGGGAUAAAUGAGUGUCGUCUUCAGUCAGGCUUCAGAAGUACGGUGAAUGUGACGGGCUCUCAUCUGGUAUCUCCUGUUCUUUUGUCAUCUGUUGGAUCUUCUAAUGCAUCACGUACAGCAGCUUCAGAAGGACCCAGAGUCUUGCUGCACAGCACUCCUAAAAGACUUCAGCAUCCACAAGCCACCAUGGCGUCUCCACACUCUCCCACACACCUCAGACAGUUCCAGAACUUCAGAGCCAAAAACCAGCGCCAGGUCCUUCUGAAACAAAGACUGAGCCAGAGCACUGGGUUUGGCGGGAAGCAGGCUAGCGAAAACACACCUCGGACCAGCCAGGAGACCUUCAGAACGAAGCCAUUGAGUUGCCACCUGAAGAAAGUCCACGUGAAAAAGUCGGAGGAGAAAGCUAUGGCAGUGAAGCCUCCUAGCCAGCCGGCUCCCAUUCCAGAAGAUGUGAGAAUGGCUAGAAAACGGGAGUACUGGAGAGUUAAGAAGAGAGAACAGAGGGCAAAACGCGCUGCUAGGGAAAGGAAAGGCAUGCUAUCCAAGAGUUUGGAACCCCAGGACUUCAUGAACUAUAGCCAAUCCUCAAUGACAAACGCAAGCUCCCCUCGCAACAACACUUCCAACAGCAGCUUGCCGGAUGCUGUUGUGAUUACCCAAAUGCCCCAGAACCUUAACAUUUCCCCAAACUCGGUGCAUCAAAUGAAACUUGAUUUGAAUGCCUGUUCUGUCCACCCAGAGAAGUCUACAUUGCCUGGAACUAUAAAGCAGGAAUUGAAUACAGCCAGUGGCUGCUGUUUUAUAAAGGAGGUCUGUCCAGAUCUUACAGUUACCACACCUUCUGACAGUCUCAGCUGUGCUGUGCAGACUAAUACGUCAUUCGGCUUGGCUAAAGAGCCCAAAGUCGAGAUGGAUAGCCAAGCCACAGAGCCUGACCUUGUGAUUUCAAAACAGCAGCAGGAGCCUCGGGUCUCCAGCCCCCCGGCCCUGCAGGUGCAACGGUGGCAGCUGAAGGUGCAGGAGAAUGAGGUACACUGCUAUCCGCUCAGACCGGACCCGGGUCAGGAGCAGAGGCAGCGAGACCGGGACAAUGCCCGCAGAAGGAUGCAGAGGCUGAGGCAGAGCAGGAGAGGCGAUGCGAGGAGGCCCAUCGCUGGCAGAACAACGCCGAUAGACGAGGCCGCUAGGCUGCGAAUGCGCCGUGAAUACUGGAGGGUCAAGAAGCAGGAGCAGAGAGCCAAGAAAGCUGCGGAGGUCAGAUUGGCCAGACAAGCACAGGCAGGCUGGGAAACGCAGGGCACAGGCGAAGCAGAACAGAAGACUAUAGGGUGUCUCCCCAAGGCUGUGACUCACUCUGCAGGCCUUACCCUACCUCCAUCUCCUGGACCUCCUCAAAACCUUCUGGGCUUGCCAGAGACUGCAGAGAAACAGGAACCACAAAAUGGUUCGGUCUUGCUUGACACUGGUACAGUGACUGACCACCAACGAGACUGUGCAGCCAGCUUCUCUAAACACCUUGAAAUCAACGAGACAAAAGGAGCCUGCUCUACCGACUACGCCACCUUUGCUGAACCAUCUGAAAACGUCUCUCUGGAAACCCAGGUGGGGCGGGCAGAGGAGUUGCCCAGCUGUGCCUUGGCAAAGGGCCCUGUUGUGAUACUGGAAAGCCAGCAAGAUGCCCCGGCCUCUAGCCCUGAAGGCCUCCGUGUGAGGAGGUGGAAGCUGAGGAUCCAGGAGAGUGAUGAGGAGAGAGGGGCCCCACAGCAGAACAAGAUGUGCGAGUCGAGGCCCGCAGCUCCCUGCAAGGCUACCAGAACAAUGACAAAGAAGCAGCUGGACCAAGCCACCCUGCAGCAAAGGCGCGAGUACUGGAGGCUCAAGAAGCAGGAGCAGAGAGCCAAGACAUCAGCGAGGAAGAGGGAGAUGAGGAGGCAAGAAGAGGCGGAGGGACAGAGGUGGCAGCAGCUCGGGGAAAUGCAGGGAGAAGAUGAAGGCCAGUGGUUUACCUUCUGUGAGGAAAGCAACAUCAUGGCACAAAAGUCUCUGAGAGAAGAGGAGGCAGAACAGAACGUCAAGGCAGAGCCCUGUGAGGAUGAUGUCAUCCUUCUACAGCUGAGAGACCCUGGCGUGGGUACAGAAGGACCGGAGCCCUUCUCGGAGGACGAUGUCCCGGACUCGGAAGCGGGGUGGCGCACUCGCUUCCUGAUGGACUACGACCCCCAGACCGCCCUUCUGGUGUGCAUGGUGUGCGGGGUGCUGCAGCACCAGCAGAGCCUGGAGAGUGUGAGGAGUCACAUCGCAGAGAGCCACCCGCACUCCCUGAGCCUGAGCGCCCAGGACAAGCACAGCAUCCUGGAGGCCUGGGACGAGCAAGUCUCCCUGAGAGAACGCUUCUUCAGCAGCCAGUUAAAGCAGGGGGGUGCAGGGAGAGAGUCGCCCGUGGCUGAGAUUGAAGUGCUUGUUGAUUCUGACGAGCAGUCUGUCUGUAAGAAGCGCAGCUCCACAAAAGUCAAGCGGAAAAAACUGUGGUACGUGAGUGAGCCUGAGCUCCAGACCACGAAUAAACUGUGAAACAUCCUCAAGAAAGAUAAAACGCGUUGGAGAACAAGAGGCACCAUUGACCACGCAGCUCAACGGCAGCACCUACUGGGGAACUCCAGAAUUACCUGACCAAUAAAAUGACAAUUGUGCUUCCCAGGACAGAGAGCUCCACUAGAAAGAGGGUUACUGAGGGGACAGGGCCCGAAAUCCCAUUCAAAUCCAAUUGCUAAACAAGGAUCAGAAACGUACAAAUGUGUUGCAUGAGAUUUGAAAAUCACUAAUCUGAAUAUUAUUAUUUUAUGUAUCUUUUUUUUUCCUGUGAUCUGAAACGAAGACCUUCUGCUUUUUAAAAUCCUGUACAUGUGUUAUUUUACCCCUGUCAAAAACUGUCAAAAUCUAAAUGAUUUAGCAUGACUAUAUAAUGCAAUUAUCAUAUAUUUUACAUUGCAUGCUCAUUCAGUUUUGCAAAGUUCGAGCCAAUAUAAGCACUGUCUUUUAAAAUUGUUCAUUUUUAGUAGGGGUGUGAUGAUACUCACACUCGUAACUGCCUUUAAGACGUAUUUAUCAGCAGGUAUUAAAUACAUCCAUUCAUGAUUUCACAACAAGAGAAGCUGUCCUUCCCUCACCUUUACAACAUCUGCAUUGAGGGUUUUAAAAGACAAUUGGAAGUGAAUUUUCCUUUCAUCCGGGGUGCAGAUAUGUGUACUGCUGGCGCGAUCUUGGGCCUGGUACGGCAGUCAAAAUUUAAGUUAACUGCCAUUGGUAGUCGUUGUAAAGGUGAGGAAAGGACAGCUUUUCUUGUUUUGAAAUCAACACAUUUAGUAAAUGGAUUUAUUGAAUACCUGCCGAUUUUUUUUUUUAAAUACUUCAAGGCAAUUACAAUCUUUAUUUAUUGAUCAAGGUGAGACUUGAAUACAAUGCUGUAAAAAAAAAAAAGAAGCUUUUUUUCAAAGCAGCGUGCAGGUGUGCAAAACGUCUGCCUUGAAUUCUUUUUGAAGAUAUUAUGAAAGUAUUUAUUUGGAAAAUGUACCUUUUUUGUAUUCAAUAAAAGCUUUCUCUUUUACUUGGAAA